AUGGCCCUGCAAUGGGCCCAGUGGAACAACAUUCGGAAGGACCGUUCGAAGGACGUGAACCUAAAGGUCGUCACGUCCCUGCUUUUUCCAGACGACGGAUCGGAAUUAGAGCCGAUUAUUGUGGUGGCCAGGGCGUGGCACCAAGGCAGCCUGCUCUCAGGGUACGUCAGGGUGGACCAAGCGCUCGGCUACUUCGCCCACCAAGGCAGGGUGGUCAAGAAGGACGAGUUCCAACUGCUCAACACGCACGGCAGCCUCGCUUGGCGCCCGCACAAGGAGGGCGAUGACCUGCCAGGGUGUGCCCUUCAGGCAGGUCGCACCGUCCAAAACGAGCCUCUCUUCGUCGGAAUGGCGAAUGUCGAUGGAAUGAACCUGAUUGGAAAUGUGCAAGGAAAAGUCUGUUUCAUCGCCGGCAAGCGUGGCGUUGUAGAGAAAAGGUCGUUUUUCGUUCUUCUGAUGCAGGCGGAUCAAGAUCCGAGCGAGAGCGAUUACGAAUCAGACGGCUCAUUGUCUGUGUGAGAUUUAU